AUGGCUCAUGAACAAAAUUUAGCACAACGCGAAAGUUUUGCCAGCGAAAUGCUGCAACAUCAACAGCUUAAUCUGAAGCAGCAGCCUGACGGUGAAAAGAUGGAUGUCGCAGAAAGUAUACAUAUGCGGGCUAGUGUAGGCGAAAAACGCAGAUAUAGUGAGCUGAUGUGUGAAAGUGAUGAAGACGAUUUUGCAGGUUUUGAUGAAGAUGCUGCAAGCAGUGAGAAUGGUAUCUUAAAUUCCCCACGUCCUUUGGAGUACGCAUCUAUUACAGCAUCCGAAAAUCAAUUAGGAAAUAAAUGCACCGCUGACGACGACGAUGGUAUAUCGGAGUUGCAAAACACUUUGAAACAGGAAGACUUGGAAGUUAGCUUAACUGGCAUCACAAACGAAAGCAAUAAAGCUAUGAUGAAAAAGAAAUCCAAUGUGUUGAUAAACACGCAAGAUGAUAUCUAUAAAAUACCUUUUAAAUACGGAUGGAAGCGGGAACUGGUUUAUCGAGCGAAUUUAGACGGAAACAGUAAGGAUAAAGGCGAAGUCUAUUAUAUUACACCUACAGGGAAGAAACUGCGUACCCGUAAUGAUAUUGCGGCAAUUUUACAUGAUGAUCUUACCAUCAAUAACUUUACGUUUGUUAAAGAACCCGUUGGUGGAAAACCAAAUGAAGAAACAAUAAGGAGUGCCAAAUCAUACAGCAACGUUCCCAAACGGCCAAUACCAGGCGCUACACAUGCAAUGCCUUUGGAAAUUUCAAGUGACCUGGGUAAGCGAAUUCCCAAGCCUAAAAUGCCUAAAGGAGCAAGUCCACCGCCACCUUCGUCACAUGGCAAAACCAGUACUCCUGGCCAAACAACUUCAUCAAAAACGAUGGCUAUCAAUCCACAAGUAUCAUGUAAAGCUGGCCAUGUUACAAGCGGCAAUGUCGGUGUUCUACCCUCUUCCGGUGGCCAACGUAACAAUGUGCAUGGAUCUUCAUCGACAACAAAGUCCAGUGAAAAUUUUGGUAUGCCUGCAAAGCAAUCAAAAUUGGGAGGAAAGCAUAACGUCGAAUGCUGUACGAUUCAAUGUAUACUAGCGAUGGGGAUGAUUCCGCAGCUGCAGUGUAUGGUAUGUAACUGUAUGUACCAUCCGGAAUGUGUAAAUGCUACUACAGCAGAAGCAUUAGCACGCAGAUUUACUUGCAAGAGCUGCAUGGAGGACUCUAUGACAGUGGAAAUGCAACAGCAUCAAUCAUACAAAGAGUCAUUCGGAAAGUUUGCUGUGAGUGGAAAUGGAAACAGUAAAAACGAUACCACUAAAACUCUGUUUAUAUCAAACAAUGAAGGAUCAUUGUCAUCGAAAUCCCUAGUAAAAUCGACAUCUUCCAGCAGCAAAUCUUUAUUAAAAGAAAAUACAAAACGGAAUCAACAAUUAACAACAAAGCCUGCAACUGUAGCAAGUGUUCCUAACGAAUCAGUUAACAGCACUAGUGGGUAUGGCUAUCCUACAAAGGACAUUCCGCCACAAGAUGUUAUCGUCAUUGGCAAUCAUGAGUAUGUUGUGGUUCCGAAAGGCAAAUCCACAGUUGUGAAACAAAAAAAAUUUUCAAACAAAUCAACAAAUUCACUAUCUCAAGCCCCAAUCAAAAUCGCAGACGAUUCACGGAAGCUUAGUAACAAUGCUACAAAUAGCGGUUCUAACAGUGGUAAACUAACAAAUUAUGCCAACGACCGAUUGUCGACUGACGAUAUGUUGCGGAUGGCCACGUGUGUGGGAAGUAACAAAAAUGAUUCCAGUGCAAAGACGGGGCAUAUCAAUUCCAGUCGAGAUCCCUCCAAUUUCUUGUCAGAUGUCUCAGCGGGAUAUACUUGUUUGAUGCUGACUUUUGACUAUCUGAAAGUACAAGAACUGCUUCGAGCUUGUAGUGUGUGUCGGAUGUGGAAUCAUUUGGGAAAUCAUCCUCGUUUCUGGAAAACAGUACGAAUGAAAAACUCCUACAUUAGCGAUUGGACAGGAAUGAUGGCAAAACUGCAUAAGAAUGGAACGAAGCAUCUUGAUCUACGGAAAGUGUUAAAUGUUGGCAGUAAUGAUGAGAUAUGGCAAAGUUUUGCAGAUCACAUUGCCCAAGCAGAGCAAAUAGAAAUAAUUGAUCUAUGCCGAUGCUCUUCGGCAGUAGUUGGAAACCUAUUGCGAUCGAACCCAAAUCUUCGGGUGGUAAAUGCAUUAGCUAUAAACAAUGACCCCAUCGAUUUUGUGAACUUUGAACAUGGUGUUCAUCUGGAGGAAUUACGACUUAAAUCAGCUGCUGCUAUUUCUUUGAAUGGCGAUAUGCAUCAAUUGGCAGCUUUGCGUAAUCUUAGGCAUCUCUCAUUAACAUCCAUCAGUAAGCUAGGAGGGACUUCAAUUGAAGCUCUAGGAUCCUUGAAUCUAUUACAGUCACUUGAAUUAGGCGAGUGUACCGAAAUGGGCUUGAAUUUGGCAGAAAUUUUGCCAAAGCUAACAAGAUUGAAAAGAUUGAGAUUGGAAAAAGGUCAAGAGAAUUUUGAUAUGUUUGCAAUUUUGUCUGGCGUAUCGAGAAUGGAAAGCCUAACACAGUUGGAACUGAUCAAUUGUGAUGUAAAAUUAGGUUUCGAUAAGCACCUUGCUAUUUGCACAAAUAUUAGAAAACUUUUGCUUAUCCCGACUUACGUGUCACAGUCUGCUGCCACGAAUCGAAUGGUUUUAAAAGGUAUUAUUAAGCUUCAUCAAACAUUGCACAUGGUUGUCUGGGCCGUAACAGUUGAAUUGUUACGUGUUACAGAGUUAUACAUUGAUACAAAUGUAGUAGAAGAAACGGGAGGUAGCAUACCAAUUUUAAAACCUGUGCCAGGCAUUGACGAAUCAGGCAACACGUCUGUUUCACAACCUGAUUUGCCAGAUGAGGUAGAAAUCGUUCCUUUGAAAAAAGUUCAAUCAAUACUAGAACGCAAAGUACCCAAUACAAAGUUGCAGAUUCUUAAAAUACCUUUUGUUAAUACCUGGAAACAAACCAUGUUAGAUAUAGUAUGAUUUUUUUUGUUUAUUUUCUUUUGAUGAGUAUGGCUUGUAUCUGCUCAUAUGUAAAUAAUGCGAUGAAUAAAUCAUAAAAAUUACCGUAAUAAUAUUGCGUUCAUUUUCGAUAAUUACUAAACUUUUCGAAGUAGUUAAGAAAAGCAUGUUUUUUUCAGUAUGUAGAUAGCAUUUUUAUGAAAUAUACGUUUAUUGAAAACAUUCAGAAACCAUAGCUUCGUUUAUUCAUCAUAGUUAAAGUUCAAAGCGACGUACUAGACAACAUAAAAAAACAAAUGUAAAGCCCUUGUUUGAUCAACAAUGUUGAAAAUUUAGCAAUAAAUAUGUGUCUGUAAAAAGCAAUGUUUUAUCGGUACAAGAAGCUUAAGAAGAGCAAAGAAUUUAAAAUAGUAGUAGGAUACAUAAAGAAUUGAUAGAAUAAGAAAUAGUUGAUAAAAGAAGUACGUUAAAAUAAUGAACUAUGAAACAUCUCGUAGAAUUGUCGAAAACUUGAAAGAAAUUAUAUUGCUUGAUCGUUUAUUCUAGCCAU